CGGAGCCCCUGUGAGUUUAAGUCGCUGUUCAAUACGUCGACUAGCGUCGCCUUUGCAAGGACGAGUGGACUAGUGAUAAUUAUACAUACACUGUAUACAUCUAAAAGCUCAUAAGACAAUUCUUAAUAAGGCAAUCAGCAUGAUUCAAUCAGCCGGUAGAUUCCUGCUCUGCGCUUUUCUUGCUACAAUAACUUCUCCAAUUGUAGCCGACUAUGUAAUUGAUGUGAAGUUUAUCAAGUUUGAAAAUUACAACCGUUUACUGGCUAAUGGGCGCACAUGCUCCAAUUUCGGAAGUCAACGAUGUCAAACAACACUUCAUGUUUGUGCUAAACCUGAUGAUACUUCGACAUUGUGUAGUUAUGGCGACACUAAAACAGGAGUUAUCGGUGAUAAUGUCAUUGAUUUAAAUAAGGCAUUUAUCGGUACAGCACGUAAUCCGAUCACGUACCUGAUUAGACAGCCCUUCCAGAAAUUCGCUGUUUCGUUUACUGCAAAAAGCAACAACGAAUUAAUAUCCGAAUACGUUUACAAAAGUGGUAGUCAUUUGCCUCAGAGAAGCAUCGCUGAAGCCAGGUAUGAACAAGUAACAACUCGUGGUAGUCAGAAUCCUACUACUCAACUGACCUACCAAAUUCGAAGUUAUUGUACCCAAGGCUAUUAUGGUCCAAACUGUGCCAUCAGGUGUGAUAUUCCCAUCAGCGAGCAAACGAGGUUUCAGUGUGAUGCUAACGGUCAAAAAGUCUGCAAGCCUGGUUUCACUGGUCCAUUCUGCAAUGCCGAUGCUGAUCCAUGCCGCAGCGCUCCGUGUAAAAACAGUGGGACUUGUGUCUCAAUGGGCUCUACGUUUAGAUGCAUCUGCAAACCGUUAUACACAGGACAACAUUGUAUUAAAGGCAUCGACGACUGCAACCGGGCGUCAUCACCUUGUUUAAAUGGAGGUACGUGCGUUGACGGAAUUAAUGGCUAUUCCUGCAGAUGUGCAUAUGGUUAUACGGGAUCCAAAUGCGAGAAUGUCCUUUCAGCAUGUUUGUCGGCACCUUGUAUGAACGGUGGUCAAUGUUCGAAUGCAGGUACAUCAUUUGUGUGCCAAUGUCUUUCUAACUUUUACGGUCCUCGUUGUCAAAUUGAAGAUAAAUGUCGCUCAGUGACUUGCCUAAAUGGUGGCCGAUGUACUACAACUAACUUUGUUGCGAAAUGUAAUUGCCCAUCUGGAUUUACUGGUCCACGAUGUGAAAAUCCCAUUAAUUCCUGUCAAUCUUCACCGUGUCAAAAUGGUGGAACAUGCUAUCCAAAUGGAGUUCAAUUCACUUGUCGUUGCCCUGUUGGAUUCACAGGACUACGAUGUGAACAACCAUUUUGCGCACCAAAUAUCUGUCAAAAUGGUGGAACAUGUCAGCUUGUAAACAAUCAAGUUUCUUGCAUAUGUCUCAAUGGAUUUCAAGGUAAUAGAUGCCAGGUGCCGAUUCAGUGUUAUCCACCAUGUCAAAAUGGAGGAAUUUGUAACACUAACACAAGAAUGUGCAACUGCCCUCAUGGAUUCGUUGGCCCAGAUUGUUCAAGAAGAGAUGAUUGCGCGUUAAAUCCAAAUAUCUGUCAAAAUGGUGGAAGAUGUCAGCUGGUAAACGAUCAAAUCACUUGCGCAUGUAUAAAUGGCUUUUACGGAGAUAGGUGCCAGUUCUCAAGUCUGUGCUAUCCAAAAUGUCAAAAUGGAGGAACUUGUAAUGUAAACACAAGAAUAUGCGACUGUCCUCCCGGAUUUGGUGGUCGAGAUUGUUCGAGAAGAGAUCCUUGUGCUUCAAAGCCAUGUUUGAAUAAUGGCCAAUGUAUUGUACAAAAUGAUUUUGACUACAUUUGUGCGUGUCGCCAAGGAUGGAGUGGUAAAAACUGUGGGAGUACCACUACGCCUUGUUCGAAUAACCCCUGUUUGAACGGUGGACAGUGCUAUCCUACGGGCAACAGCUUUACUUGUUAUUGUCCACAAGGCUGGACUGGACAGAGAUGCGGCAGUCAAACCAAUCCAUGCACUCCAAAUCCUUGCCAAAACAACGGCCAGUGUAGCAUGUUUGGACCAAAUGGAUUCACUUGUACUUGUGUUAGUGGAUGGUCUGGCAAGUUUUGUAAUGAAAGUGGUUCAACCUAUUGUCCGUCUCGCCCUUGUUCUAACGGAGGAACCUGCAUCCAAACUGCCAACCAAUUACGUUGCCGAUGCCCAUUUGGCUUUAAAGGAAACUACUGUGAAGUACCUGACCAAGGAAGCUUCAAAUGUCCUGAAGCUUCAGGUCUUUUCCCUGAUCCACAAAGCUGCAGACAUUUUUAUCAUUGUGACUGGAAUAUUGCCUACAGAAAGGAUUGCCCUGGAAACUUGCACUUCAACAGGGAAAAGCAAGUGUGUGAUUGGCAAUACAGAGCCAACUGCAAUAUUAGAAAAUAAACAAGGAAACAGAAUUUCUAUUAUUCCAAAUAAUUUCCCCUGUAGUAUGAGAAUAUGAACAAUCCAUUCUACCAUAUGAUAAUGACGGUUUUAAUUUGCACAUAUACUAUUGAAUAUUGGUUUUCUGCAACGAUUAUUUUCUCUCUAAACAUACAUAUAUAUGUUUCAUCUUUAAUGUAUUAAUAUUCCUGUCUAAUUCAUAUGCUUUAUCCUGUGCUUCUUUGUCACAAUUCUUCUGGAAGCGUUUGCAACCAAAUUUAUGCACUACAUAUCCAAUAAAUUAAACAACAGAACCCAUUUCAGAUUAGAUGAAUUAAUAUUGCUAUGAAAAUGAAAUAAACAAAUUACCAGGCUAAUUUUAACAGUA